AUGUCCAAUCCUACACGCACGCCGGGCCCAUCAGGCUCUCACGCAUACAAUUCACGCCGCUCCACCGUCGCUACGUCCGGCUCCAAAUCGCGCCAGCUCUCGCACCUGCACUCGCAGCUCGCGCAGUUGACAGCCAACAUGUCAGACCUCGAGAAUUUGCUGCGCAUGACUGCUGUGCAGGCCGAGGGUAUGAGAGGACUGGGAGGCUAUGCUGGUGGGAUGUGAGUACAAUCGACGAUCUUUUGCAGUAGUGACAGGCGCAGCACUAAUAGCCUGGACAGGUUCAUGGCUGCUUCGAAGGUGCUUGGUGAAGAGACAGUCAAUGGUGGUCCAAGCACUGGUGAGGAAGAGCGCAAGUGA